AUGUUCUCUCACAAGUCUGAAAAGGCGCUUCUUGCGUUUGCUCUUUGUUUCUCCGCUGCUUCUGCCUUGAACCCAUCCUGUGCUCCAGGAGGCAAUUUCGACCUUAGCAGAUUCGUACUUCAGUUGCCAAGCGGCACCACCAACAAUCCGGACCAAAUCCCCGCCUCAAAGCUCACGGGCUGUGGUGGCUAUCAAGAUCCUGGCCACCACUACUUCUUCACCGAGUCUGGUGAUGGCGCCAUGGUCAUGAAGGCCCCAGGUGGAGGAAACUGUGCUACCUUCCCGGGUGCACCACGCUGCCGCUCCGAAUUCGGCGAGACUCAAUCGUGGAGUUCCUCAGCUGCAACCAACCGCUUGACGGCUGACCUCCUCGUCACAACCGGCAGCAGCAUCUGCAUUGGCCAGGUGUUCCAGUCAAACUCCAACAACAAGCCUCUCGCUGAGGUUUACUACAACGGCAAUGGCCAAAUCACGGUCGGUGUUGAGUUUGUUGCAACUGGUGGUCAAGGCCAGGACUUGAACAAGAUUGGCACUGUCACCCCUGGCAGCCGAUUUACUUACGAUUUGCGCUUCGAGAAUGGCCAGCUCCAGUUCGGUCUCAACGGUGGAGCAUUGAAGACCCUGAAGCAAUAUUUCAGCACUCCCCAGGCUUUCUUCAAGAUGGGUAACUAUAACCAAGGUGGCGACGACUCUGAUAUUCACGUUUUCGGCCUCACUGUUCAGCACUAG